ACAAAAAUGAAAUGUGAAGUGUUUAUUGUAGAAGAUAAAUAUUACAUUUAAGGAUCAUGAUUUUUGCAAAUUCUAACUAUUUUUAAUGGAUAAAGUUAUUAUUGUACAAAUUAAAAAUUUGUAAACUUAAUUACUCAGUGGGUUCGUUAACUUUUAUUGAAUCAGAUUAAAUUGAUCGUUCAAAAGGAAAUUUAACAAUGACUGCUGAGGAUGACAGUACUUGGUUGAUUGAAUUGGAGUCAGCAAUCCUAGACGGCUGUACGCCUCAAGAGAUCAAUGCAAUCACGAAAGGGAAAAAAAUACCAGAAAGCUUGAGACCGGACGUCUGGCUCGUUUGUCUCAACUGUCAUGAUAUGGGUAAUCAGUUACUUAUGUUUGAUGAGAUAUUUGAUUUAACAAAUCAGAAUGAAUUAAGGGAUAAUGUAAAAAAGUUUGUUAGGAAGCUUGAUAAUGAUGAUGAUGAAAAAUUAUCAGUUAUUUCAGAUAUUGAAUCAAUUCUCACUUUUUAUUGUAAGUCUAGAUCUAUUACUUAUGCUUCUAACAAUGGUUGGAUAGAAAUACUUUACCCCCUUCUAAGUUUAAAAUUGCCAAGAUCAGAUACUUAUAACAUGUUUGAAAGAAUCUUGAAGCUAUACAUUCCAAAUGGAUGCACGUCAAAUGGAGUACCGUUUCACAUAUUGAGGUUAAUAAUUCAGUAUCAUGAUCCUGAGCUGUGUUCAUUUUUGGAUACCAAGCGUAUAACACCUGAACAAUAUUGCAUGCCAUGGCUGAAAUCACUUUUUUCUGGAACUUGUAAUUUGGAAGUAGUGCUCUUCAUGUGGGAUUUGUAUUUCCAAAGAUCUGACCCUUUCUUUAUAUUCUUUCUUUGCUUAAUUAUGAUUAUUAAUGCUAGAGAGCAACUUUUGCAAAUGAAGAAUGAAGAUAAGGCUACAAUAGUUCAAAUACUAAGCAAAAUGCCGAGUGACCUUGAAGCCAACGAUGUCUCAGACUUUUGUUCAUUAGCACAUUAUUAUUCAUUAAAAACACCUGUGUCGUUCCGAGAAGAUGUUUUAGAAGUAUUAUUCUCGGAAAGUGGACUGGAAAUCAAUUCUAAACUAUAUUCUCAAGCUCUAUGUCUUCCUGUGGCUGUUCAUGAGUUAAUUGAAAGUGCCACGGUGGAUGUGGCUGACGCUGAUGCUGUUAAGUUCUUCCUAGUUGACUGUCGCCCUGCUGAACAGUAUAAUGCUGGACAUUUAUCAACUGCUUUUCAUCUUGAUUGCAAUCUAAUGUUACAAGAGCCUAAUGCAUUUACGACGGCUGUUCAAGGAUUACUGAAUUCCCAACGUCAAGCGUUAGCUGCAGGAUCCUUGGCUGCAGGUGAACACUUGUGUUUCGUUAGUUCUGGUAGAACAGAAGAAGACAGUUACGCUCAUAUGGUCGUUGCAUCUUUUCUUAAAAAAAAUAUAAAACACGUUUCGAUGCUGGAUGGAGGAUUUGUAGCAAUUCAUGACUAUUUUGGUCCACAUAUGACUGAUUGUUUGGAAGAACAUAAUACAUCUGUUUGUUUGGUCUGUGCGCCAAAUAAUAAUAACAACGAUAAUGUUGUUCAACAAUCAGUUAACAAGACGAGAGAUAAUAUACCGGCUAUUCAGCUAUUCAGCAAGCUUUCGUCCGCUAUGAAAGCAAAAAGUCAAGAAGUUAAAGGGAAGUUAAUAGAAUAUAUCGUGAAUCCAAAUUCGAACGUCAAUAACGGCGAUUGGCACGUGUCGGCGAACGAUCGGAAGGAGCAACGAUACCGCAACGUUCCUCCCGUCUUCAGUAUCAACGACGAAGACGAAGACACACAUUCCGAUUACCGACGAGAUUCGAAUACAGAUAACAUAGACGAAAUAGUUGAACUUCAAUCGUUCCUCAAAAGCCAACAUGUUGUGGAUAACUUCUCGUGCCAAGAAGUUUUAUCAAAUGGCUACAUGUUUGAUUCGUAUCUUGUAAUAACGGAAACACAUUUAGUUAUAUUGAGAGAAAUACCAAAUAAGAAGGGCGCUGUUAAAGUUUUAUCAAGGAGGCCACUUUCAACGAUAGUCAAAAUUACAGCCAAAAAGAGGCACCCGGAGUUAAUAACUUUCAAAUACGGCGUACCAGAUGGCGAUAAUUUAUUAAUCAAAGAUAUGGACAGGUUUUUAAUUCCUAAUGCGGCGGUUGCUACUAAAAUUGUCUCCAAUCAAAUCGUUUCUCAAUUGGAUAAUAAAUUACAGUAAUGGCACGUUAGUCAUCUAAAUUUAGCAGCGAUAGUGAACUCAAUUACGAAAUUUAGAGUAUUCUAUGUCGUAUUACGUUAUCUGUUACCAUUAAACAAUAUGUACUUAUCUUAGUGAUAGCGAUUUACUGUUCGAAAUACAAAAUUAUUUCAGCCUGAGAUGCAUACACCUAGGUCUGUUUAAUCCAAUUGGAAUGGAUAAAAUUAUAUAUAUAUGUAAGAAAAUUAAUUUAUUUUAAUAAAUUAUAUAAUUAGUUAGUAUAAAUUUUAUAGUACAUUGUGUUUUUAUGUUAGCCUCCAUUAAACAGUAUAAGUGAACAUAUGUAGAUACAUAGUCUUCGCUUAUUUCUCACUCGACUCGAUCGACUCGAUAGCUCACAAAAUCGAUAUAUCAUAGAUUAUAUUUAACAUUAACUUUUGCGUCUCUGUUAGCUUUUGUACAUUUGCACCAACCACCACAUCGUAUGGCUAGAAAUCACAUGUAAUAUAUAAGUGUAAUUAUAUACAUAAAUAUUCCUAAUUUAAAUUACGA